GGCAGCUUCAUUCCACAUGCGAAGCAAUUGCACUUAAACAAUUAAACAUUAUUUGUACAUUUCAUAUUUCUUUCACACUCUUUUUGUAAAUAGGUGGUUUACUUGGGGCUUUGCUUUGGGUUCAAAGUUUCUAAUAAUGUUCUAUACGUCAUGAUAAAGACUAUUCGCUCAGGUCUAUGGACCUGCUCAAGAUGUCUCCGACAAGCUUCUCGAACUUCUCGAAUUCGAGACCAAAGACGGUGGCUCUCUUCUGCGCCCGGCGCUGCUGCUCAGAUCGACACCUCACAGAUACCAGUCGACCAUUCUCCUACCGACCUAAAACAUGACGAUGCACUGUUGCGCCAGAUCUUCGACUCUCCACCGACCUUCAAAGACUUUGCUAAACCCUUCUUCAAGAUCGCGAGUCGUGAGAAUGUUGGCUUGUUCAGAAACAAAUACCUAACGUCACCACAAGGCUUCCUCACAUUUGCAGAUGUCACGAUUAAGAGGGCUCAGAAGCUUGUUCACAAGGUGCUCAAUGCGUCGACGUUGGAGGAAUAUAAGGCGGUCGUGAGAGACCUAGAUAGAUUGAGCGAUCUGCUAUGUCGAGUCCUGGAUGUUUCGGAUUUCGUGCGGGUAACUCAUCCCGAUGAGAAGAUUCAAGCAGCUGCGUCGCAGGCAUGGUCGCUGGUCUACCAGUAUAUGAACCAGUUAAACACUGCGACGGGUUUAAGUGAUCAGCUAGGGAAAGCUCUCGCUAAUCCAGAGGUCAUGGCCAGCUGGAACGAGGAGGAGCAGACGGUUGCGAAACUACUACAACAAGAUUUUAUGAAGUCGGCAAUACACCUCCCACAGGAAUCGCGGGAUCAAUUUGUCGACCUGUCGCAGCAGAUUAGCGAACUAGGGUCAUAUUUCGUCCAAGACAUGCAACCCGAACAGAGAUUCCUCGAAUUCCCUAGCAGCAAAUUAUAUGGAAUGAACCCGCAGAUGGCUCGGAGGUAUACCCGUGGAGGCGUUAUCCGGCUGCCGACGUUGUCGCCUGAAGCAACAGUGGCAUUGAGAAGCGUGCAUGACGAGGAUACGAGAAAGGCAAUCUACUAUGCGACUCGAACGGCCUCCGGCAGGUCGAUCCAAAUCCUGGAGGCUUUGCUACGAUCGCGAGCCGCGCUUGCAAAGCUAUCGGGGUUUGAAAGUUAUAGCCAGAUGGCUUUGCACGAUAAAAUGAUGGCUAAAACACCUGAAUCGGUCCAUCAGUUCCUUCUAGCCCUAUCUAAUCGCAAUGCACCGCUUGUUGAAGAAGAGAUUGCGGCCCUCCUUCGAGAGAAGAGCAAAACGCAGAACUCCACAGCAACUGAUCUCCAACCAUGGGAUAAAGAGUAUUAUAUGGAGAGUAUCCGUUCAUCUAUGAGGUCGCGACGACGCAGUGGUGAUUUCCUAUCGUCUUAUUUCUCGCUUGGAACUGUCAUGCAGGGCCUAUCAAGGCUAUUUACCCGCUUAUACGGAAUCAGGCUUGUCCCUCGAGAUACACUUCCAGGAGAAACCUGGCAUCCGGACGUGAGGCGGUUGGAUGUCGUGUCCGAUACGGAUGGACAUGUCGCGGUCCUAUAUUGCGAUCUUUUCUUCAGGGAUGAUAAGUCUCCUAACCCAGCACACUUUACAGUGCGUUGCUCUAGAGAGAUUUCAGAAGCUGAAGUCCAAGAAGUAGCUGAACGAGAUGCAGCUGGUGUCGAAGGACUCCCUAAAUUUGAGUCUCCUAUUGACGCGGCAAAUGAUGGGAUGCACGUGUCUCUCCAAUCCGGCUCUAUCAAGCAGCUGCCAACGAUUGCACUGGUUUGCGAUUUUGAAGAGAACAAAGGGCGUGGACCUGCCCUCUUAGAUUACUAUCAGAUGGAAACGCUCUUCCAUGAGAUGGGACACGCCAUCCACUCAAUUCUAGCCCGGACUUCUUUACAAAACGUAGCCGGAACUCGAUGCGCGACUGACCUAGCAGAGCUGCCGUCUACUCUAAUGGAACAUUUCUGUGCAGACCCCUCUGUUCUCGGGCUGUUCGCGCGACACCACGUCACAGACGAACCAUUACCCUUUGAUAUGGUCGUGGAUAAAUUAAAGAUAUCUAGGAGGUUUGAGGCAUCAGAUAGAGAGAACCAGAUUAUACUCGCCAUGUUGGACCAGCAGUAUCAUUCGUCCCUACCGAAUGAUAACACAUUUGAUUCUACGGAGAUCUAUUUAGGCCUCCAGAGGAAAUUCGGGAAGCUCCCGUCGGAUCCACCAGGAACCAGAUGGCAAGGCUUUUUUGGCCAUCUAUUCGGCUACGGCAGCACCUAUUAUAGCUAUCUAUUUGAUCAAGUCCUUUCUAAGCGCGUAUGGCAGAUUGUCUUCUCGGCGGGUCACAACGCGGCCGCGCUCGAUAGAGCGAACGGCGAGAGACUGAAGGAGAAUCUGCUCAAAUGGGGGGGAAGCCGGGAUCCCUGGCGAUGCCUCUCCGAUACGCUGCAAGAUGAGCGUCUGGUGGACGGGGAUGAAAAGGCUAUGAGGCUCGUAGGAACGUGGGUAAAUAAGGACGAUGUCCAUGGUUAGCAUGGAAACAUGCAGUAUAUACCCUUGCCAUAGCUAAUGGCACAUAUAUACUAAAGCUCGUACCCCUUUAUAACCAAUAUUCAACACGAGGGCUCCGAGGAAAGAUUCUUCUUUCAUAUUUGAGGUCCGUGGUGGAUCUUAUAGAACUAUGGACUAUAUAAAUCAUAGUGAAGGCUACAUACUUGGCCGUAUAGACGUAGAUUACAUAGAGUCGAAUUAAAAUAGUUAAACGAUAAACUACA